AUGAUUUUGCAAAGUUUGUUCGGUCAGCUCAGGAGCGCGGUCAGUCCCGCCUCAGUAGAGGCUCCCAAGUGCCAGCAAGAGGCUGACAAUUGGCUCUCAUCUGAGAGCCAGGUCCAACUUACCCGCAAGGUCCCAUUGCCAGGCCUUUCUCGGGGCUUUGGCCAUGUUCAUUCCACUGAAGACGGUUCUGUUUGUUUGCUCAUCGUCGGCACCGCUUUGAUCAACGCGGCCUUGACUGUCAACAACCUCGUCUUCUCGGGGCGCUACGACUUGACCAAGACUUACUUCAUCCUCAGUGGUAUCGCAGGCGGUAAUCCCAGGGUUACCACUCUCGGAGCAGUGGCAUUCGCCCGGUUUGCGGUCCAGGUCGAUACCCAGAUGGAGUGGGAUGCGAGGGAGAUUCCAUCGUCUUGGCAGUCAGGCUAUGUGCCUAUGGGCGCUGAAACGCCUAACUCAUUCCCGCUCGGUGUUCACGGCUCCGAGGUCUACGAGCUGAACGACAACCUCCGCCAGAUAUCCAUGGAUCUAGCCAUUCAUGCCACUCUCGAGGAUUCCGAAAAGGCUUCCGAGACACGGGCCAAGUACGCAGGUUCCCCAGGCGGCAUUUACCGGGCUGCCACUCUUCCUCCAACUAUCUUCAAAGGGGACGUGCUCUCCUCCAACACCUUUUGGCAUGGUUUCUACCUCUCUGAGUCCAUGGACAAUACGACAAAUGUGUAUACACGCGGCAAAGCAAAGUACGCUAUGACGGCACAGGAAGAUACAGCAAUUCUAGCAGGGCUCCUGAGAGCGGCACUCCAGAACAAGGUAGACUUUUCGCGUGUCCUACUCAUGCGGGCUGCGGCCAACUUUGACCGGGAGCCUACUACGGAUGUGCUUCCCCAACUGCCCUGGAUCAUGGAUAGCGGAGGCUUGAGACCCGCACUGCGGAAUCUGUACAAGACAGGUGUUCUAAUUAUUGGCGGCAUCUUGAGCCAAUGGUCCUCCAAUUUCGAGUAUGGCAUCAAGCCGGAUAAUUACAUUGGUGACAUUUUUGGAUCUCUGGGAGGGAAGCCAGACUUUGGUCCCGACAGCAUCGGAGAUUCGGGUAGUGCUUGUAGCACCAACAAACCUCUAGCUUAG